AUGAAAUGCGGCGUUGUAUCCGCGACGGCAGUAGUUGUCUUUCCCCUACUUUCGUCUGUCAUAGCAAGCUCAUGUCCGCCUCUUGGAGCUGUACUUCCACCGCCACAGGCUCCUAGCCAGAAUGAAGCAGUCAAACUAGCCAAUCAGAAACUCAAGUCAAUCAUCGAUUCAAACUUCAGCUCAAAGCUUAACUCAAGCGGUAUCUCCAUUAUGGUCAAAUCUAUACAUGAAGACGGACCGCUGUUUAGCUAUCAUUAUACACCCCCGGUUCUCUCAGAUAUCGGAACUGCAUCCAUCAAUGACGAUACGAUCUUCCGGGUGGGAAGCUUGUCAAAAAUAUUUCCUGCAUUAGCAGCUUUGCAGUCCAAGUCUAUUCAUUUGGAUGAUUCAGUGCUUGAAUACAUUCCUCAGCUCAAGGAAGCCGCUGCUUCUACUUCUGCGGAAACUAUUUCAUGGGAAGAUAUAACUGUCGAUUCAUUGAUGACUCACCUCUCUGGCCUCGCCACUGAUACGGCUUUUGACUUGGGAAUCUUUCCUACUCCACUGUGGCAGACAAUUGGGCUACCAGCUAUUCCACAAGGCACCGGCCCAAAUUGCUCAGGGCUUCCCGGCACACCACCGUGCACUCAGGAUGAUCUUGUCAAAGAUUUACAAAAAAGAGAACCAAUCUAUUUACCAUACACUAGCCCUUCGUAUUCUAACGUUGGCUUUGCCCUCCUCGGAAUGAUAAUUGAUGCUGCCACUAAUAAGAGCUAUAUCGACAACAUCCAAGACAAUGUAUUUGACAUUGUUAAUAUGAACAGCUCUUCAUUCAACGGAUUUGUAGAAUCAUUUUCGGAAAAUGGUUUCGUUCCUGUUGGAGAAACCACAUGGAAUGUUACUUUAGGUGUUUUGAAAGGUACUGCCGGUGGCAUGUUUUCGAGCACUUCGGAUCUAAUCGCUUUUGCUGAGGGCAUUCUUAACAACCGCUUUCUUAGCCCACGGCGCACUCGAGAAUGGAUGAAACCACGAAGCCAUACUUCUUCGUGGGGAUAUUCCGUUGGCGCACCGUGGGAGAUUCUUCGGAGCGAUCACUUUACAGCCGAUGGCCGCAUUGUCGACUUAUAUACCAAGAGUGGCGACUUGGGCCUUUAUCAUGGUGUUUUUGGGCUGGUUCCUGAUUUUGAUGUCUCGGUUGUAUUACUUGUUGCUGGUGCUGAAGUCAACGAGAACAUGCCAUCCGAAAUCUUCAGCGCCAUUGUUGAAGAGCUUAUUCCUGCAGUUGACAAGGCAGGGCGGGCUGAAGCUGCCUCACUGGAGGUGCUGAAUGGCACAUACACUGAUCAUUCUACGAACUCCACCAUGGUGCUGACUAUCGACGCGGAUAAUAAUUUGGCGAUGGAGAAAUUUAUCGUGCAGGGGUUCGAUGUGCUCCAUCAUCCCGAUUUGUACAGCCUUGACGGUCUCUCGGCAAACCCGGAGUCCCUCACCAAAGCUUCCUAUGUCAACGCUCGAUUGUAUCCAACAAAUCUCGUGGCUCAAAGUCCCAAUGGCAACACUCAAAGAUCGUGGCGCGCUAUUUAUGAUACUGCCACUGCUGCGGAAAACUUGGCAGAGGACGCAAAAUUGGUAUGGAAAAAUGGCAGUUGCCAGUCCUGGCUUGAAUUGGAUCGAGCCGCAUAUGACUUUAAAAGCACAGGAGAUUUCAUAUUCAGUUAUGGAAAAGGAGGCAAGUUGACUGAGAUUUCGGCCGCCGCUUUUAAUGUAACGUUGACAAGAGCUGCCUGA